AUGUCUGGGCUUGAGGCUUUAGGUAUCGCUGCCAGCAUCAUUCAAGUGGCAGACCUGGGCACCAAAUUAUCAGUCAAACUAUUUUCCUUUUACAAACAAUUCAAGGAUGCCAAUGAGUCUAUGCACUUCCUUUCCAGCGAAAUUGCUUUUGUGAGCGCGAUCUUGCGGGAGUUGGGUGACACUUUGAAAGAUGAGGAGUCAUCUAAGCUUUGUUCCGAGGAGGCAUUUCGAAGUCUAAAACAUACCCUGGACCAGUGUCGAGACGUCCUCGAGCAAAUUCAAAGAGUGACCAGCCAUACCGACCGAUCUGGGAAGACGCGCUUUCAACAAGUUGCUGGGAAGUUUCGAAUGGUAUUACUUGAGCCAAGCUUGGAUCCAUUGAAGAAUCGCUUGGAAAGACUGAAGUCGACAAUGCUUCUCUUGCUCAACGUUAUUAUGUAUGCGGGUCAGAUUCGAAGCAGCCACGGGUUUCCACCCUUACUCCAAGACCAACGUGUCUUAAUGGACAGCCUUCUGAAGGAUAAAAUAAAGAACGGUCAAGAGCCACGCCAAUUCGCCGUUGCUGAACAAUGUCCAAAAGCCCCAUCAGUAUCUACAAGCAGCAAUGGAGCCCACGCUGACAUUGAUGGGACCAUUGAUACCGAUGAACCCGCCGAGUUCAAAGAGUACAACCUCCUUAUCCAAAAGAUGCUUCAAGAAAUUGGCAGGUGCAAGUACAAGCUUGAAGAAAGCCGUCACUCACGAAUCAAAACUGGCGUCUUGAAUAUACACUCAGGUGAAAUCAUGCGCUUUCAACUAGAAUAUGGACAUCAUGUUCGCACUGACCAUUCACUCUUUACCGAGGAAAAAGCCAGCAGGCAAAUGGCCAACGUGCGAAAGGAUGAGAAUAGGCCCCAACGACCAAUUGCCAGUACUGAAGCCACCGGGGCUAAUAUGCCAGACAAUCGCACUGAUGGGCCGCCCGAGGUCACUGUCAGCUCCCUAACCCGGGAAAGCCGCAGACCGAGCCCUCGAUUAGCCAAGGGCAAGGAGCCCCGAGAGUCGAUCUUUGAUCUGCCACUAUCACCGGUUCCUCUGGCCCCGGUCAAAGAAGAGGAACCAGUACAAUCGUCGAACUUAACGAAGGAAACGACAGCUCUCCCCACUCCAUAUAUGUUUCCGGCUACAACGGUGAAAUCCUCUGCCCCAAUCCCUGGCGCUCAGCAGCACAAUCGCCCCCGUCGCCGGUACGAGGAAAUUGAGCGCAUGUACAAAUGUGGAUGGAAUGGUUGCGAGAAGACGUACGGAACUCUGAACCAACUGAAUAGUCACGUGACGAUGCAGUCGCACGGUGCGAAGCGCACUGCUGGAGAAUUCAAGGAGAUCCGCAAGGAAUGGAAAGCUCGGAAGAAGGAGGAAAACGCCCAACGCAAGGCUGCCGAGGAGUAUGAGCGUGCCGCCACCCAGGCUGCGCUGACCAGCCAGGUUGAACCCCCCGGCCUGUUUCCAGACAACCUUGAAGACUUGCUGUUACGAUGGACGACCCUGGAUAGACGUGAAAUUUGCGUUGAAGUACCAGCAUGUUAA